CCCAAAAGGGCCCCCCUGURUUCCCCACACCUCGGGCAGCUCAACAGUUAAAGGGAAGUGGCUGGAAGGAAGAGGAAAUCUCAGCAGGAGCAAGACCGGGGGACAGCCAAGGGCAGUGGCUGGAGAUGAAGCCGGAAGGUGCCGGAAGGUGCCGGAGCCUUUGCCGAGGAACCAGGACGUGCUGGGAACCCAGGGGGGAGCCAGGAUAGAAAGGGGCCCCCCGUGUGGAACUGGGAUAGAACGGGACGCUUGGUCUGGAACCGCGAUGUCUCAGAGCUCCAUUGGGGAAGCAGGACAUUCUGGGACCUCCAUCGUUGAACUGGGACAGACUGGGACUCCCAGUGUGGGACUGGRACAUGCCGGGAGCCCAGGGAGCCCCAGGCAAGAGGAUCCCAGCAUGCAGAAGGAAACCCCGAUGAGUGCCACGCACUCUGACCCCGUUGGCCAGGGCCCUGACAUCCUGCCCUGGCCCCUGCAACUCCCAUGUGAGGAGGAGGAGGAGGAGGAUGGAGAAAGGGAUGAUGAUGAUGUUGAUGAUGAGGAUGAGGAUGAGGAUGAAGAGGACAUGGCAGGUGAUACCGAGGACAUCCUGCACUACGAGCAGCGCACUGCAGGGCUGCUGGCCAGGGUGGCCCAGCGACAGCAGCGGCACCACCCUGCCAGGAAGGAAGAGGAUGGCUGGGAGGCCACUGUCAGUGUCCCCACUGCUAGCCCAGCACCACGACACCRCGAUGGCACCAGGCUGGAUGCGAGCAGCCCAGAUCUCUUCGAGGACCUCCAGCAUGYCGUGAGCUCCCUGGAACGCGUCGUCUUCUCCCGACACCGGCAGCUGCCGGCGCAGCCGCUGCCUGGCAAGGCCUGGCACAGGGUGGUCAAGAGCCUGGAAGAGCUGAACCGGACCCCUGGCUGGGCCUGCCGGCUGUGGCCAGAGGUGGCAGUGGGCCCAGAACUGCCGUCAGAGGUGGCGGUGGAGGCAGCGAGGAACGCGACCCUGCGGGCGGCCCUGGGGCACCGGGACGAGGAGCUGGGCCAGGCCACGACUGCGCUGCAGGCGCUGCGGGGUGACCGGGACCGCCUGCAGGGCAAGGUGCAGGAGCUGCGGGAGGCUCUGUCCAGGUUGGAAGAGCCAGGAGGAUUUGGCAGCGCCAGCCCCAGGCUCAGCGACAGCCCCGGGCUCAGCAGCCCCCCGGGACGUUUGGACGUGACUCAGGGUGGCGACGAUGCUCAGCCCCAMGGGAUAAAAUCCCAUGGGAUGCAGCCCCACACCCCUCUCUCGCCCCAACCCUUGACGGGAGCGGGUCGAGACCAGGAGGAGCGGCUGCAGCAGCUGCAGGGGUGCCUGGGGAGACUGCAGGAGGUGAACCGGGAGCUAGCGGCCGCGCUCCACGAGUGCAAGGGCGAAGCGGAGCGGCUGAGCAUGGAGCUGGGGCAGCACGAGUCCCGCAGCACCGCCCUGCGCCUGGCGCUGCGCUGCAGCGAGCAUUGUGGGGGGGCCUAUGCCACUCUCCUGGACCUGGUGCGGGCAAAGGUGGCAUCGGAGGAUGUCGCCCAUGGGGCCCCUGUGGGCACCCCCCGGGCAGGGACACCUGCCCGCACCUCGCCCGCCCCGUGCCCAGGAGCCGCGGCGAAGCCGAGCCCGGGACACGGAUCUGGGUCCAACCCCACCCCGACUGAGGCACCGCGGCUACCGGGACCAGCAAAGCCGGACAGCCGCGAGGACACCAGCGACAGCGGCUCCCCGGGGGUGCAGAGCCCCCAAGGGAUGGAGGAGGGAGCCCUGAGGGAACAUAUCCAGCGGCUCCGCGCCGAGCAGGCGGCAGUGGAGGGGUCCCUGCUGGACGCCCCCGAACCCUCCGGCCCCCCCUGCGGGCGGGACCCCCGAGCUCGGGCCGAGCGGGCACUGCGGGACGCGCGGGCACUGCUGUCCGGCUGGAGGCGGCCGGAGAAGGCGGAGCUGCUGCCGGAGCUGGCGAUGCUCAAGGAGGCCAUGGCCGAGCUGAGGACGCGGCUGCAGCUGGCGGAGAGGGAAAAGCGUGCUCUGGAAGUGCUGGUGGCCGGGCAGGGACCGAGGGAAGCCACCCUGCGCCUGGUGCUCCAGCACCUGGAGUGGGAGCGGGAUGGGCGGGAUGGGCCCUCCAGCAGCUCCGGCAGCAGCGAGGACGCUCAGAUUGGCCGGGGCACAGCGAUGGCUCCACAGAAUCCUCSGGAUCCGGAGAGAAUGAGGGAGGAGCUGUUUCGCAUCCGAGCCAGGACAGAGGAGCUGCAUCACCGGGCUCAGGAGCUGGUGCUGUCCCUGGAGCAUGGCAGCGCUGCCAGCCGUGCCCAGCAGGCACAGAGCAUCACGGUCACCAUGGAUCUCUUCCAAGCACACAGAGCCCUGGCCCUGGCAUACCGCGGGGCCCGGCGCAAGCAGGCGGAGCAGCUGCGGCGCCUGGAGGCGCAGGCGGGAGCCCUGCGCAGGCAGCACGGCCGGAGGGAGCAGGCGCUGGCCCGAAAGCUCCGCAGCCUCGAGCAGGGCACGGCCGGCAGCGAGACCUGCAUCUAGAGUGCCCCCAGAAACCCUGCAGACCGCCCAAAAACCCUUGGAGACUGCACAAAAUCCACGGAGACCCCACAAAACCCCCYU